AUGACUACGCCGUUGGGUUCUACUAUGGGGUCGGCCGGCCCGUCAAAGUCGGAUGAAGGCCACAGCGAAUCUAUAACGAUUAUCUCUGCGUCGCGCAAGGCUCGUGCUUUGAGCAUCGAUCUCUCUCCAGCUUCUCUCCAGCCUCCGGUCCGUCAUGAGCGUCGCCACUCGCAGCCUACGACGUCUCUCCGCACGGACGAGGAUUGGGCCAAGGACGUCCGUUGGCUUGUCCCCCCUGGUUCCGCGCCCACCACACCCAGUCGCUCCAAGCCACCACCCAACGCGGACUCGCCCGUUCGCAUUGCCCGGCCUCUUCACCCGGAUCUCCUCCCUCCUCUUCCGGCAGACGCGCUCCAGAUCCCUGCGCCUCACCAACUCGAGCGCCAGGCGUUCCCGGACCUUACCUCCGUCGCGGGCCCGGCCCGUCCACGGCCCAUCGUCCCCAAGGAGCAGCGGAACAGCCGACACUCCUCGAACCGGCACUCGAAGACGCGCAUGAGCGCGCUCUGGGAGGAGGACGAGAGUGAGUACUCGGACUACGGGCAAGCAGCGCGGAUGUCAGUAGGGCGAGUACGCCCGCGCCGACGCCGUUGGGAAGCUACAUGGCGUGCGCAGCUCGACGCCGCCGAUGGAUGGGGUUAUGCGGGGAUGGGCGCGACGAGCGGGCCCGUCGUCACCUCGGGCGUAGGCGCUGUGGGCCAUGGCCCGCUCCACCCAGAGUUCAGGAGCUCGCUGCACCGCCGGCCGUCCAUGUCUGAAUCGGACCUGCUCGACCGGUUCAAGCGCGAGCCUGAGCCGCCCUCCCGACGGAGUCGCCCGAUAUGA